UGACAGUGGUGAGUUGAACGGCCGCCAGAGCGCGAAGACGCCAACUCCAGGGAGAGGCGAAGAGGCAGAAGGUUCGGGAUCGGUCUCCUAGGCUUAGCAAGAUGGGUGACUGGAGCUUCCUGGGGGAGUUCCUGGAGGAGGUCCACAAGCACUCCACGGUCAUCGGCAAGGUCUGGCUCACCGUCCUGUUCAUUUUCCGAAUGCUGGUCCUGGGCACUGCUGCUGAGUCCUCCUGGGGAGAUGAGCAGGCUGAUUUCCGGUGCGAUACCAUUCAGCCUGGUUGCCAGAAUGUCUGCUACGACCAAGCCUUCCCCAUCUCUCACAUUCGCUAUUGGGUACUGCAGAUCAUCUUCGUGUCCACGCCGUCUCUGGUCUACAUGGGCCAUGCCAUGCACACAGUGCGCAUGCAGGAAAAGCAGAAGCUGCGGGAUGCCGAGAAAGCCAAAGAGGUCCGUAGCACGGGUGCCUACGAGUACCCGGUGGCUGAGAAGGCAGAGCUGUCCUGCUGGAAGGAAGUGGAGGGGAAGAUUGUCCUCCAGGGCACUCUACUCAACACCUAUGUCUGCACCAUUCUGAUCCGCACCACCAUGGAGGUGGCCUUCAUCGUGGGUCAGUACCUCCUCUACGGGGUCUUCCUGGACACCCUGCACGUCUGCCGCAGGAGUCCCUGUCCUCACCCAGUCAAUUGCUAUGUCUCGCGGCCCACGGAGAAGAACGUCUUCAUUGUCUUUAUGCUGGCUGUGGCUGGACUGUCUCUCUUUCUCAGCCUGGCUGAGCUCUACCACCUGGGUUGGAAGAAGAUCCGACAGCGCUUUGUCAAGGCCCGGCAGGGAACGGAUAAGCACCAUCUUCUUGGACCCUCCACCAGCCUGGUCCAGAGCCUCACUCCUCCCCUUGCCUUCCAUCAGUGCCUGAAGAACAGCUCUGGAGAGAAAUUCUUAGGUGACUUCAGUAAUAACAUGGGUUCCGGGAAGAACGCAGACGCUCUAGCUACAGAGGGAAUGCCGGACCAGGAGCGUAUUUCUGGGGAGGGUUUCAUCCACAUGCAGUAUGGCCAGAAGCCCGAGGAGCCCAGUGGAGCCUCUCCAAGCCACCGCCCUCCCCCGAGCUAUGUUGGUGACAAGCGCCGCCUUAGCAAGGCCAGCAGCAAAGCAAGGUCGGAUGACCUGUCAGUGUGACCCUCUGAGGGAGGGCCAGUCCCAGAAGGGAUCUCAGGAGGCUGUGGCGGGGAGACGCGGUCUCUCAUAACAGAAUAUUCUUCUCAGCAUUGCUGUGCUCCUUCUGAUCCCAGGUCUGGAUGGCGCUGAUCAUCCAUUUUCAAAAUUACAGUUCGAGAGUGUUCUCAAAGUCAGGGCUAGUCCUCAGGUCCUGUCCCUUCUCAUCCUCUACCAGUAUACACAGUGAAGGCUUUCACAUGAUUUACUGGAUAGGGUGGAGGCAGGGACAGGAACCAUGGCAAAAAUCUGGCCUGGGAAGGACAGACCAACACUAGCAACAUACCAGAUAGGACCUACAAGUCUUGGCUUCUUUGG